CAUUGUCUACUUCUUGGCCAUCAUAAGCAGUCUUCAUUAAUCUUAGCCAUCACUUCUUCCUUUCCACAUGAAUUCGGAAAAAUCAGUCGAAGAUACAUGUGUGGGCUAUUGAGGAGGUGCAUACAUACACUUAGCCACGAAAACAAUAAAAAGUCUAAUGCUCAAAAUCGGCUUCUCUUAUUAAAAUGUAUGAUAGUGAUUAUAAUGUAUUUAAGAGAGCCAAUGUGA